CCCCGCAGGGACCAGGCUGCUUCCGAAAGGAAAGGCGUGGAGACGGCCCCACACCUCCCCGCCAGGGCCGCCUGCAAGCGCACGUGGCCAAAGCGCGUCUCAGUGGUGAGGAGGCCCAGGCUCUGCCGCGCUGACCCCGCCCCACGGGCGCUGUGACCGGACUCCCCGUGGACGCUGCGGCCCUCUCGUGGCUUCGAGGACCCGGGGAUGCUACUCAGGGAAGAAGGUACCUCGGGCGGAAAGCACAGCGAGGACGAGGGGUGAGGCCGAUGGAGCGCACAGAUGUGCCCCUGCCAGGCGGGGGAGCCAUGGACUCGGGUGACACGCUGGUCCUGGGCACUGUCCUCGCCAGCCUGUGCGCCUUCCAGCUCCUCUUCCACUUCGUCAGCUACUGGUUUUCCACGAGGGUGUCUCCGGGCUUCAACAGCCUCAGCUCCGAGAAGAAGAUCGAAUGGAACUCAAGGGUGGUCUCCACCUGCCACUCCGUGGUGGUCGGGGCUCUGAGCCUGGCCGUGUCCUUGUUCGACGAGGCCGCCAUGGCAGACCCACUCUGGGGCGACUCGCUGCUGGCAAAAGUGAACGUGGCUAUUGCUUCCGGCUACCUCGUCUCUGACCUGCUGAUCAUCGUUCUGCACUGGGACGUGAUCGGCGACAAGUACUUCCUGAUUCACCACUGUGCCUCGCUGUACGCUUUCUUCUUAGUGCUGAAAGACGGCACGCUGCAGUACAUCGCCAACUUCCGCCUGCUCGCCGAGCUCUCCAGCCCCUGCGUGAACCAGCGGUGGUUCCUGGAAGCCCUGCAGUAUUCCAAGUUCUCCACGGCCAACGUCCUCAACGGCCUCCUCAUGACGCUGGUCUUCUUCGCGGUGCGGAUCCUGCCCAUCCCUUCCUUCUACAGCUUCAUGCUCUCCGUGGUGGGCACCGAGCCCUACGCCCGGCUGGGGCUGCUGACGCAGUGCUCCUGGGCCGUCUCGUGCGUGGUGCUGGACGUCAUGAACGUCAUAUGGAUGGUCAAGAUCUCCAAGGGCUGCCUCAAAGUCAUCGCGCUCAUGAGGCACGAGAAAGCCAGCAGCAGCCUUCGGAACGGAAAGCUGGACUGAGCGCGGACAGCGGGGCCCGGCGGGUGCACUCCCGGCAUGUUCUCCUGCUUCCGUAUCAAUUACACAUGUUACCCAGGGUUCCAGUCUCUCUCUCUCUCUCUCUCUCUCUCUCUCUAAAUUUUUACCUGUAGGAAAGAGAAACUAAAAUUUUGUUUUUAAUCCCAAGAUUUCUUUCUUGAUUUUCUUGUGCAUCCUAAGCAUGGACGAAGCGUGAAGGUGUGAAUAAAAGGUGACACACAGA